ACUGCUUUGAAAGUUGGGUCUGUGUUAUUUUUGGUUCCAAAAAUGAGAAGAAACCCAGAACACGAUGAUGAAUCUCUUAACUCAUCAACCAACAAAAUUCCUCUUCUUAAGCUCAUAGAUUGCUCUCUUAGAAUCUCUGUAAUCCCUCUAAGCGUUGCAACUAUUUGGCUAACUAUUAAAAACAAUCAGAAUAACAGCGACUAUGGGAAGCUGGAGUUCAGCAAUCUCAUGGGUCUCAAGUACAUGGUUUAUAUCAGCUUCAUUUCUGCUUUCUAUGCUUGUGUUGCUGCCAUUUCCUCAUGGAUCAGAUGCUUAGCUUCCAGAGCUUGGUUUUUCUUUGUCUCUGACCAGAUUGCAGCUUACUUAAUGGUCACAUCAGGGGCUGCAGUAAUGGAGAUAUUGUACUUGUCUUAUAAUGGUGAUAAGGGAAUCUCAUGGAGUGAAGCUUGCAAUUCUUAUGGAAAAUUCUGCUCUCGAAUGAAAGUGGCCUUGGCUCUCCAUGCCUCGGCUCUUUGCUGUUUCUUUGUUUUAGCAGUGAUCUCAGCUUAUAGGGUUUUUAGCAUGUUUGAACCUCCUUCUGUUCCUAAUAAGGACGUUGAGGAAUAAGAAAUGGCUUCAAAAAUGGAUUUUGUUUGUAAAAGGUUCUAUAUAACAGCAUUUGUGAUGUGAUGAAGUAUGUUAGGGGCAUCAUUGUAAUUUUCCCUCUUAAAAUUUAUAACUCUGUUAUUUUUCAACUUUUUUUUUUUUGGUGUCAUGAUAUAGUAAUCAAGUUUAUGUUGCUGAAGUGCAUUUAUGUAAAG